UUUGGACGGCCCCCCCGCGCAGGCAGGCAGGCAAGCAGACUAGCUGGCAGGCAGGCAGCGGGCGGCCCACGAACGAAAGCAGUCGGACAGGUAGCAGGCAGGCCGGGCACGGGACUCGACGACGACGACCGAGUCUCGCGCGACCCCCUCACGACGCAGCAGAGCAGAGCACAGGAGCCGGACGCAGCAGCAGCGCCAGCAGCAACGACGGAGGCCGCAGCGCGUCGCGUGUCAAUGACCCUCAAGUGCUGGAACGCCGCGCCGCCCCGCAAGGUGCCGGCCAUCGACACGAGCGCGGGCGUCGAGUCGCUGCUCGCCGGCAACCAGGCCGGCCGCGCGCGCGCCGCGCCCAAGUCGGCCCGGUGCCGCUCGCAGUCGAGCAACUGGGACAAGGACGCCGUGGACGCCGCCGGAGACAGCGAAGACGACCACUUCGACGUGACGGCCGCCACCAUCCCGGCGCCGUCGCACCAGAUCCACGCCAUGCCGGCGCUCUGGGUGAGCGGCCGGAGGCGGCACAGCCGCGGCCGCAGCCGGCGACGCACCGUCAGCGAGAACUACAACCACGGUCUCGGCGGCAGUAGCAGCAGCAGCGGCAGCAACAUCCACGGCCCCAGCGCCGGCUACAGCAACAACAGCACGCCCACAGGUUCCUCGUCCUCGUCGCUGUCGGCCACGCUGCCGUCCUCGCUCUCCGGAGCGGACGAGCAGCUCCGACAGGCCGCGGCGGCCGCCGCCGCGGGCGGCAACCUCAACCAGCGCCUGCGCAUCACAGUGCCCGACGGGCCGCGGUUCCCCGGCUGGGUACGAGGCCAAGCGGCCGAAGUGCAGUGGGAGGCGCUGGACCCGAGCGUGCAGUGCGUGCGGAUCGACGUGUGCAACGUGGCGUGGACCGUGCCGACCACCAUCGCGCAUCGCGUGGCCAACGACGGCACCUACCGCUGGCGCCGCGUGUACUGGGGCAUGCCGAUUGCCGAGGGCUACUAUGUGAAUAUUUACGACGUGACGGAGCAGAAGGACCCGGCGGACUUGCUGUUGCUGGCGCAGAGCGAGCGCUUCGCCGUCAUCAAGUGA